GGCUAGAGAGAGAGAGGCUACCAGAAAGAGAACCAGGAGCAGAGCAUGCACAGCACAGGGGAGAGAGAAGGGACUCCAUUUUGGCAAGGAGAUUCUGGAUCCCUCUUAAAAUAUCCUCCCUCUCUGCAGCCGAAGGGCUGUGUUUUGGAUGCAGUGAAUAAGGCCCUAUCUGACAUCUGCAUGGGGCAGUUCUCUCACUUAGCCCUCUCCAAGACCAUCAAAUUCCUUGCUGUGAGAGCCCCCUCUAUACAACCAGGUUUUGGGGUGCGGUCAUGGUGUCCCAGGCAGAGGUCUGGGACCCCUUCCAUGCAGGCACUCUCCUCUCGCAGCUGAACGAGCAGCGGCUGGCCGGCCCUGCACCCUUCUGUGACAUCACACUUAUUGCCUCUGACGACGCCAAAUUCCGUGCACACCAGAGUGUCUUGGCCGCUUGUAGCCCCUACUUCCGUGAGCUGCUUUCACCUCCAGCUCCUUCACCUUCCCCUUCAGAAUCUGCUCUCCCUAGGAAGGACAGGGUACUGGAGUUGCCCCAGCUUCAAUCUAGAGUGCUGUCUGACCUGCUGGACUACAUCUACACCUCCCGUGUUCCCCAGCACGGUUCAAGGGGGACCCAGCAGCUCUCUGAGGCAGGCCGAAGCCUGGGCGUGCCUUUUCUGGCUGGCCUAUUGGGGAAAGACUCACGUCUUAUCAAAAGCAAAAUCAGGCAGGAUAAAACUGAAAGGAUGGAAGGAACUGACAAGGUUGCCAUUGCCAAGAGCGCAAAAACAUUUUUUUCUGUUCCCCUCAGUGUGCCUUUCCCUGACCUCUCAGCACAAAAUCACAUCCCCCCCUCACACUCCCCAUCCUCUUCUUCUGCCUGCAUAACAGACCCAGAGGAGACAUCAUGGAAGUUAGCCACUAAGGUGGAUAAGAAAAUACAGCACAUGACUGGCCAUUCACCAACCUCCCCCAUUGAUCUAACUGCACCAACUAAGAAGGACCCUCCAUCCACAUCCCCCUCCUCUGUGACCGGCACUGUUCCCCAAUUUAUGAACCUCCCUCUGUUGCCUGCAUCCAGGACAGGACUGGUGUUUCCAGCGGGGGGAAAGGGUGACAGCUUCCCUGCAAGCAUGGACUCUGAGUGCUCUACCACAGAGACAGCGCAGAUCCUGUUCAACCUGAGUGCCAUGGCCUUCCAGGGCCAGGGGCCUCUAGAGCCAGAUAGAGUUGAGCAUGGUUCAGGGAUCAAGCAGGGGAGAACAGAAAGCCCAACAACAGGACCAAGUCUGCCCCAACCUAACCCUCUUCCUCCUCCUCUCACUCCUCCAGCACCCAAUGACUCCUCAUCUGUGUCCUCAGAGCCUGAUCUCCUAUGUGGGGUUUGUCACCGCCUCUUCAGCUCUGCCUCUUCCCUCACUGUUCACAUGCGACUUCAUCGUGGGGGGCGAGCUCUCAGCUGUCGGCACUGUGGCAAAGCCUUCAUUCACAACAAGAGACUACAAUCCCACGAAGCUGCCUGUAGACAAGCUUCACCUGCCCUGCAUGUCCCCACCAAGCAAGAACCACCAGAGGACAUUGAGGAGAGUGAACAAGGAGGAGGACAAGUCGGGCAGCCAGAGCAAGGUCGCAUGGGAGCUGGCCGACCCUUGAAGAAAGGACGGCCCUUUCUAGGACGACACCACCGCCCCUUCCCGCACGCUGAUCUGCUGGCUGAGGAGGACCACUUUGUAAAGGUUGUGGAUGGACACAUAAUUUACUUCUGCACUGUAUGUGAGCGCUCCUACAUGACACUCUCUAGCCUCAAGCGUCACUCCAAUGUGCAUUCCUGGCGUCGCAAGUACCCUUGCCACUUCUGUGAUAAGGUCUUUGCCCUUGCAGAGUAUCGUACAAAGCAUGAGGUCUGGCACACAGGAGAACGCCGCUACCAAUGCAUCUUCUGCUGGGAGGCAUUUGCCACCUAUUACAACCUCAAAACACACCAGAAGGCCUUUCAUGGUAUCAGUCCUGGCCUCAUCUCCAGUGAGAAGACUGCUAAUGGUGGCUACAAGCAGAAGGUCAAUGCCCUUAAGCUGUACCGGCUGCUACCUAUGCGGUCCCAGAAACGGCCCUACAAGACAUACAGUCAGUCCCUCACUGAUAGUUUGCUGUUGCCUCCAGAAUCGGCAAAGCCCUUGUCAUUACCCUUGGACUGCAGCUUGCCUACACCUCUGGACCCCAGUCAGUUACACUCUCUAAUCAGUGACAGUCAUCCCCCAGAUUUACUUACUGACCCCAGCAAGUUCACCUUUGGAGUUAACUCAGAUAACUUAGGUCUCGGGGAACCCUCAAAACUCACAGAUGCUAAGUCAGAUGUGCAAUUGAGGAUGAGCAAGGAAGAGCCAACUGAUGGAGAGCAAGCAGGCAGCAGUGGAAGUGCUAUCUUACCAGGCAGCAGCAACAUACAACUACCAAGGGACUACUCUGGCUCCAUUGCUCCUGUCUCUUCUGUCAUCACCUAUGGACAUCCUAAACCUUCAGUCAUCAAGCAUGGCACAGCUGUCUCCUCCUCUGUCAUUGUCCACAGCAACCAAAUCUCUUCAGGGGGUGACAGAAACUUCCUCAACUCAAGUUCAACCUCUGAUAACAGUCAGCUGCCCUCCAAAGCAGCCCAUAGGCCCAUGAAAAAGCAGGUACUGAAAAAUUAUGUCCAGUCUCAGAAAGAGGAGGGUGUAUCCACUGCAGAGGAAGUGGAGGACAAGCAGGUAGUGGCAGGGGAGGAAAAGAGCAAACCUCAGAAGGGCCGCAGGGCCCACAAGGGAGUGACCUACACAGCAAAGCCAGCCUGCGUAGCAGGGGUGGCAGAGAUCAGGGGUUCUGCGCCACUUUGCCAGAUCACUGUGCGGAUUGGGGAGGAGGCUAUUGUCAAGCGGAGCAUCUCUGAGACAGACUUGAUGAGAGACAAGAGUCUGUCACCCAGCAAAGCCAAAAAGACUGACGCUAGCUCACAAGAUCCAACAGAACCCUACCGUUCCCAUACCCACCACCACCGUCACAGACAUCAUGCACACCGCAGUUCCAGUGAGCUGGAAGAGGGGGAUAGCUGGAGGAAGAGCCCCAAAGCUCCCAAGAUAGCUAAAGUCCGAGAAUACUAUUUCCGUCAGGAGGUGAGAGAAGAGGAAAGUGACCAGGAUGCAGAGGACAAUCUGUGGCGGCCUUACUAUACCUACAAACCCAAGCGAAAAUCCUUGCAUGUACAGAAAGUGAAGAAGUCUACCUGGCAGCGGCACCUGCGUUAUAAGCGUUCUUUGAGGUUAAUAAGAAGGACAGAGCGGGUCAUGGACCACAGUGUCAAGGAGGGGGAGGAAGAUGAGGACGAGGAGGAAGUAGAGGAAGAACUAGUAAAAAAAGAUGGAACACAGGGGCACAAAAAAUGUUCAAGUACCAGUUCUGUUCUCUCAACAGAGAAACAGCAACAGGACACUGCAGAGGAAAAUGAAUCGCAGUGUAGGAUACACCCUACUAAGUCACUCACGGAAGCCUCUUCUAAUUGCACAAGCAAACAAGAGCAUCUCCAAACAAUGAAGAAGGCAUCUGAGUGUGGGACCUGUGGGCGCUGGUUUUCCACUGCACGAAAGCGGGACAGACAUGAGCUCACACACCUUCUAGAGUUUGUGUGUUUGAAGUGUCAUGAGUCAUUCCCCUCCCAGGCCCUGUUGGAUGAGCACCAUAGAACUCAGCAUGUUCAAGUUGACCACAUUUCCUCCCUGUCACAAAAUCAGCCAGUUGACACAGAUGUGGACAUGGUGAUGGAGACAGAAGUGGAGAAGGCUGUACCUGGAAAAGGUAGUCCGGGUCGUGUAGGUCGGAGGCCCUCUGUGAGACACAUAUGUCCCCACUGCGGUAAGGUGUGCAAAACAGCUGCUGCACUGGGUCGGCACACUAAACGCCAUGAGGUAGACAGCCCCAUUAUAGAUAGAGAGGAUGAAUGUGGGACUAUAGCCCCAGUCAUGGAGGCACUGUCUACAGCAUCAGCAGAGCUAUCAUCAAGCACAGAGUCAAAUACUAAAAAUGACCAUGCUCAGGCUAUCCCAGUCAUCAAUUAUCCCAAGGUGGCCCCUCAGUCUGUUGACAACAUUGAGUCACAAGGUCCUAAUUUUUCACGGGAAAGCAAAGCAGAGCCCCAGACACUUGGUGCAUUUGGAGAUUCAGAGCACAAAGACAAAGGUCCUAGUGCUGUCAGCGACCCCAGUCCCGAGUACAGUGAGCUUGCCCAGACCAGCCCCAGCUCGAGACCUGACAGACUUGAAGCCUCAUCGACCAGCCUUCAUAGUGUGUUGGUUUUGAGCAGAAAAGGCAUCCAUGACCCAACUUGUUCCUACAAAAUAUCCAGAGAAAGAAGGGCAGAGGAUCAGGUAAGCUGCAAAAGCAGCCCUGUGCAAAUGGAAAAAGUAAAUGACACUUCUGUGCAUGGGACAUCUGGGACUUCUGUGCAGGAAAGAGCCAAUGUUGAAAUAGCGGGGCCCUUGACAGCAGUGCCCAGUGGAGGUGAGGAUUCACAGUGUGGAGUGACUGCAGAUUUAAAGAAUGAGGGCACUCCCAAUCAGGGGACUAUGAGAGUUCCGGCUAAAGUGGAGAAGCCCCUGGUUGCUCAGAACCUCCGGUUACCAGCUACGUCCAGAAGCUCCAGCACUGUCCACGCACAAGAUUUAUCAGUGGCAUCUAUAAUAAGGGAGCGGGAGUUAAGCCACUCUGCCACAGGAAAGGUAAAGGUCCAAAGAGAGCAGCAGAGGGACAGGGAGGCAACUCUCUUAGUGCCUAAGCAGGAGGUAGAGACUCCAGCAGCAUCUCCUGAGUACUCCAUUAUACAAACCCCUGUGAGCACUGUUUCGCAGAGGCACUCCAAAUCACCCCAUCGUUCCCCAAAUGCAUCUGACCUGUUGGCACGGGCACAUCUGGAGGCACCCUCUUCACUGCAUAGCACCCGGGGCUCUGAGAGACAGGGACGUCACCUGCCAUCAUGCUCCUCUGGGGUGAAUGAGAAUGCCUCUACUAACACAUUGCUUCAUUCCCGGCUGCCUCAAUCGGAGGCUGAACCUGACGAGGACCCCUCAUCAGCAACUACAGGCCAUUGUGGGGAGGCUAAGUACCCAGUCCAGGAGUUCCCUUUGCCCCUUAUCAUGCCUGGGGGUUGCCGCUCCAGUAAGAAACAUGAAGAAAACAUCCUUGUGUCCUAUCCAGCCAACCCUCUUCCUUUUGCACCACUGGGGAAGAUGGGUGCCAAUGGGGACUUAGCCAAGCUACCAUUCUACCCUGACCCUUACCACCUGCUGUAUAGCCCACAGCUGCUUGCCUACCCCUACAACCUGGCUGCUCUGCCCAUGGCUCUGAACAUGAUGGCCCCAGAGGAAAAGGUGGAACCACUGCCCUUCCUGCCAGCCCUCUUCAACUAUGCUGCUGGCCCAUAUGCAGGUGCAGUGCCACACCAUCUAGUGGCCAAUCCAAGCCACUACAGCAACAGCAGUGGCAACAACAAGAAGCGGGACAGCACCAACCCAUAGGAGGAAACACAGCAAUGAAAUAUUAAAAAGACAGGUGGGCUUUUGAGGGAAGUGUUUUUGCUCCAAGGUGACUGAAUGCACUUGAACAAUCCCUGCCUCCCUUUUGUAAAGUUAAGUAGUGAUAAGACCUAGUCAACUUUAGAGGAGGGGUAAAGGGCAGAGGGGUUGGAGAGGGAGUUCAACAGGGGAGGAUGUAGGACAAACAGAGAAAGACACCCCUCUCCCUCCCCUAUCCAUCUAGCACUUCCAGUACACCUCUCUCCUUUUAUUCUUUCUUUCUGUAGUAGUACUAGAGCUCGAUUAACUGUCUUUCAGAAGCGUUAUAAUAAUAAUAUCUAUAAUAUAACAAUAAUAACAGCUAACAGGGUGUGUGUUUUGCAAAAAUUAGUUCAGUCUGCUUCCCUUUAUAGUGACCGCAAAAAAGAAAAAAAAAACAGGCUGGUUAUGUUUUAGAAAAGAAAAGGGAUGAGUCUGAAAGGCCAUCACUCUAGUGGAGUUACGAGUGUAACUUGACUGUCAUUGUGUGAAUGUCAGAGUGUGCAUGUAUAUAUGUGUGUGGUUGAAUUAACUUGUGUGUGCGUGUGUGUGUGCAUGUGUACGUGCGCACUUUUGCAUGUGUGUUAGCAUGUAUGUUCCCAUACACACACACACACACACACAUAUAUAAAUAUGUAUAUAUAUAUGUGUGUGUGUGUACUACACAUUCAUACUUGUGCAAGCACUUGAGAAUGUACAUGUAGAUACAUGCAUUUGUGUGCACAUAAAUACUUGCUCUAGUGUUUGCCUGUGUGUGUGUGUGUUUGUUUGUUUGUUUGUUUGUUUGUCUGUAUGUUGGCGUGGAUGCGCGUGCCAGGCCAUCUGCUCAAGAAAUGACCCAUUCCAGGGAGCUCUGUGGUCUGACCAUCAUUCCUGUGCUAUGGUCAAGUUGUUGUAUGUCAGUGUGUAGAAAUAUUAGAUCCACAGUCCACCCUGCAAAUUAUGAAGUAGCAAUCCCAGAAGCUAGAUGGCUGGAACCGAUUCUGUAAUAGCAAGCAAGGUAACUGACCAUUAAGUGCAACGUUUGGAAGUUUGUGAUACCUCAACUAAGAGAACACAGUGGUCACAUGGCAUAAAGCCAGUUUGAGGGUCUCCUGCAUUUUGGGGUUUGCACAAAGCGGCUUGACACGCUAAAGUUCAACAUUGUUCACAAUGGUGAACACCAUCAGUAACAGAAUGAAGCUUAUAUGACACUUUAUGUGAAAAUGGCCACUGGGCAAGAACUGUAGAACAGAUGCCAGGUGAUGUACUUCCAAUUCUCCUAUUACUCAUCUCAUCUCUUCCAGUAAUGAAAAAAAUCAGUCAACCUAAUCUUUAGUGGCCUUUUUCUUUUGUCCCCAGUGUCCCCAAAGACACACUCCAUUUGCUUGGCUGAGUCUGAGAGUGUAAGAGUAUUGAGAAAGGGAAGCAAGGGAGAAAGAGAUGGAAACACAGUGACGUCUGUGUUAUCCCGGUAGAGACACAUGGAGGGAAAGUGCAGCCAAGUUUGUAGCUCUAAUGGAGCUUCUUCAGCAACAACAAAAACCCUCCUGGAUAUUCAUGGGAAGGGGGAGUUUGUGUGAGCAACUUUGUACAUUGAUACAUGCUGGACGGGCACUGUAGCAGUCAGAGAGUGUCCAGCAUUUUUGGUCCUUCCAGCUCUUUUUGUUUCCUCCUGUGUCUGCUGUGUUCAAAUGAGGGGUUGAUGUCAUCCAAUAGACCUGGUCCCUAGCUGGAAAAAGCCUGGGCAUAACGUCCGCUGCAAUGGAGAUCCCCAUAUACCCCUUGUGGCUUUACUGUUAUGUGUAUCUCUGCAUUUUUAUUUGUUUGUUUGUUUGUUUGUUUGUUUGUUUGUUUUUUAUAUGAUGUUCUGUUUGUUUUACAUUUCCCCUUUUGCCAGACAGAAGAGGGUUCUGCAAAAAAGGGUUUUGAGUACACAGAUAAAUGAAUGUAAUUUAGUCAUGUGUUGAACGAAGUUGAAAACAAAACAAAAGGUAGAUGGAUUAUUUUUUACUGACUUGAAUAAUGACAGGUGAAACAGUCGCAGCCACUCCAUGUUUAAGUCUGGUAUAUAUACUGUAGUCCUAUAGGAAACAUGUCAAGAAACUUGGGUUCUGUAAUCACAAAGCAUGAGCAGCACUUGCCUCCUUGCAGUAUCAACUCCGAUAACUCUCACUUACUCCUGUCAGUCUGUUCUUUUCUCCGUCUCUUUUUAUUUUCAGUUGUACCCAUCUCCUAUUUUCUCCCAUUAUGUUCCAAAAUAUUAAACCAAAAAGAGCAGCUGCCACAGUUUUCCUCAGUCAGUAUGGGAGCUGUCCAACCUUGCCCCCCGCCCCAUUUCCCAGCACUUUACACCCUGCCAUUGAAGUUUGUACGUCUGAAAAUGUGUGAUGAAACCGCAACACUGUUAGUUUCCGGAGGGCACCGAGCACAGCGUGACAAACUGCAGGAGCUCAUAUGGCACCACUCGGGUGUGGUUACAAGCCUUUUGUGUUGAGAAAAAAAGGAAAGCCAACAUAAAUCUGCCUAAGCACUAUAUAUCCAGGGUGUAAUGCCAGCUUCUUUUAAAUUUUGCUCCAGUCAAAUCUCCUGCCACUUUUUUGUGAAUAAACCAAUUAGGUGGAAUUCAGCCUACACGUAGGCUUCUUGCAAUCAUACUGCAACAUCUUGAGUACAUUUCUGAUCAGGCUCUUAUUAAACAGACAUACCCUGAUACACAGAAACUAGUCCGAAGUGGCAGCUAUUGAUAUCUCCUGACCCUGUGACUAUUUGUUCACUUCAAAUUGGACACCUCAAUAUCAGUCCUUGAGCAGGUAUUUAUAUUCCACUGCUAUAAAAGUGUUCUUGGGGUUCAAGAAUUAAUGCCCAUGUUUUUCCUAAUGUUAUAAAAUACAAUCUCAGAGAAAGCCUGAAAACCAGCAAAGAUAGGAAAAUAUUGGUAUGCUGUAGGCAUUACAACUGGAUUCUCAAACAUACAACAUACAGCCAAUUUUAGAGUACUGAAUCUAUAUAAUUCCUUAUUUUGGUAUUGGUGAGGAAUCUUCAUUCUCUUCUUUCAUUAAAAUGAAGCCCUUCAAGAUGCAUGAGGGAAUUUUUCAGAUUAUGUGAUUGGCAGUGGAGUUGGAGAAUAGGCAGUGGCUAAAUGUGUUGACAUUUAUUGAAGUUCACUGUUAAAGUCAUGUGGCUACUGUCUGGUAAUGUUUAAUUGUCAGAGUGAUGAUGUAUAAUUGCUUGAACAGCCCACAGAGUCAGGAGGGCUUUUCACACAUUGUGAGAUUGUAACGUUCAUUGACCACUUUAUAACUUAAUCUGAUAAAAAAAAGGCUUGUAGCCACACAUUGCCCCAUAUACCCCAAAUAUCUAAUCUCCCCAUCAUUUUUCUUUCUUUGUAUCAGAUCUCUUUUUCCCCCCACUCUUCUUGCAACAAUCAAAAAUAAAGUAUUAACCUGACAACCCAA